AUGCCUUCGACGCACAAAAGGGAUAAACCCUGGGAUAACGAUGAUACCUUGGACAGAUGGAAGCAAGACCCUUUCACCCCCACAGACAAUACAGCGGGCGCAUUCACUGAAGAAUCCAGCUUCGCUACUCUUUUUCCAAAGUAUAGGGAGCUGUAUUUGAAAGAAGCAUGGCCUCUCGUUACCCGGGCUUUGGCAACCCACCACAUCGCCUGUACUCUUGACCUAAUCGAGGGGAGCAUGUCCGUGAAGACAACCCGAAAGACCUACGACCCCGCUUCAAUCCUCAACGCUCGAGACCUCAUAAAACUCCUCUCCCGCAGUGUUCCUGCUCCUCAGGCCAUCAAAAUCCUUGAAGAUGGUGUCGCCGCGGAUAUAAUCAAAAUCCGCAACCAGGUGGCUAACAAGGAGCGCUUCAUUAAGCGACGGCAGCGCAUAUUGGGGCCGCAGGGUUCUACCUUGAAGGCUCUGGAGCUGUUGACGGGGUGCUAUAUACUCGUACAAGGCAAUACGGUCAGCGCAAUGGGUAGUUUCAAGGGUUUAAAGGAGGUUCGGAGAGUGGUGGAAGAUUGCAUGGCAAACAUCCAUCCAAUCUACCAUGUAAAGGAAUUGAUGAUCAAGAGAGAAUUGAUGAAGGAUCCUGAUCUAAAAAACGAGAACUGGGAACGGUUCCUACCCCACUUCAAGAAAAGAACCUUGAGCAAGAGAAAGAAGCCUCUAAAGAUUACGGAUAAGAGCAAAAAGCCAUACACACCAUUUCCGCCGCCUCAGGAGAAGAGUAAGGUUGACCUGCAAAUCGAGAGUGGAGAAUACUUUUUGGGCAAGCAAGCCAUGGAAAGGGCGGCGAAGGAAAGAAGGGAAGAACAGCAACGGGAAAAACAAACCGAGAAAGAAAUGGUGAGGCAGAAGGAAUUCGUGCCGCCGCAAGAGAAUGGUACGACCUCGUCAAAAAAGGAGAAGAAGAGAAAGCAUAAGGAAGAAGAUCAGGUAGAGGGUACCAAAAAGAAGAACAAGAAGCAGAAGCGAAUUGCGAAGGAUGAAGUACAGGCUUGA